GACCCGGGCGCGGGGCAGGCGGCGCGGGCUCGGCGGGCGGCGGCGGCGGCGGCGGCACCAUGAGCGGCCGGAAGCGCAGCUUCACCUUCGGGGCCUACGGCGGGGUAGACAAGUCCUUCGCCCCUCGCCGGACUGUGUGGAGGAGUGAUGGGCAGAACCAGCGCUUCCCUCAGGCACUAGACCUAACACGAGUGGACUUAGAUCCCUCCCACACUGCUUCACGCCGCCCUAAGAACACAGAUCUGUUUGAGAUGAUUGAAAAGAUGCAGGGAAGCAGGAUGGAUGAACAGCGAUGCGCCUUCCCACCACCCCUCAAAACGGAGGAGGACUACAUUCCCUACCCGAGCGUCCACGAGGUCCUGGGGCGAGAAGGGCCAUUCCCCCUCAUCCUGCUGCCCCAGUUCGGGGGCUACUGGAUUGAAGGCACCAACCACGAACUCACCAGCAUCCCGGAGACAGAGCCGCUGCAGUCACCCACGGCCAAGGUGAAGCUCGAGUGCAACCCCACAGCCCGCAUCUACCGGAAGCACUUUCUCGGCAAGGAGCAUUUCAAUUACUACUCACUGGACGCUGCCCUGGGCCACCUUGUCUUCUCACUCAAGUAUGAUGUCAUCGGGGACCAGGAGCACCUGCGGCUGCUGCUCAGGACCAAGUGUCGGACAUACCAUGAUGUCAUCCCCAUCUCCUGCCUCACCGAGUUCCCCAACGUGGUCCAGAUGGCAAAGCUGGUGUGUGAAGAUGUGAAUGUGGAUCGAUUCUAUCCUGUGCUCUACCCCAAGGCUUCCCGCCUCAUCGUCACCUUUGAUGAGCAUGUUAUCAGCAAUAACUUCAAGUUUGGAGUCAUUUAUCAGAAGCUUGGGCAGACCUCCGAGGAAGAACUCUUCAGCACCAAUGAGGAGAGCCCCGCCUUCGUGGAGUUCCUCGAAUUUCUUGGCCAGAAGGUCAAACUGCAGGACUUCAAGGGGUUCCGAGGAGGCCUGGACGUGACCCACGGGCAGACGGGGACCGAGUCUGUGUACUGCAACUUCCGCAACAAGGAGAUCAUGUUUCACGUGUCCACCAAGCUGCCCUACACAGAAGGGGACGCCCAGCAGUUGCAGCGGAAGCGGCACAUCGGGAAUGACAUCGUCGCCGUGGUCUUCCAGGACGAGAACACGCCCUUUGUGCCUGACAUGAUCGCGUCCAACUUCCUGCACGCCUAUGUGGUGGUGCAGGCCGAGGGUGGGGGGCCCGACGGCCCCCUCUACAAGGUCUCGGUCACCGCGAGAGACGACGUGCCCUUCUUCGGGCCCCCCCUCCCGGACCCCGCUGUGUUCAGGAAGGGGCCUGAGUUCCAGGAAUUUUUGCUGACAAAGUUGAUCAAUGCUGAAUAUGCUUGCUACAAGGCAGAGAAGUUUGCCAAACUGGAGGAGCGGACACGGGCUGCCCUCCUGGAGACGCUCUACGAGGAACUACACAUCCACAGCCAGUCCAUGAUGGGCCUGGGCGGCGACGAGGACAAGAUGGAGAACGGCGGCGGUGGCGGCGGCUUCUUCGAGUCUUUCAAGCGAGUCAUCCGGAGCCGGAGCCAGUCCAUGGAUGCCAUGGGCCUCAGCAACAAGAAGCCCAACACCGUGUCCACCAGCCACAGCGGGAGCUUCGCACCCAACAACCCUGACCUGGCCAAGGCGGCCGGAAUAUCGCUGAUCGUCCCCGGGAAGAGCCCCACGAGGAAGAAGUCGGGCCCGUUCGGCUCCCGCCGCAGCAGCGCCAUCGGCAUCGAGAACAUCCAGGAAGUGCAGGAGAAAAGGGAGAGCCCCCCAGCUGGCCAGAAGACCCCAGACAGCGGACACGUCUCCCAGGAGCCCAAGUCGGAGACCUCAUCCACUCAGAGCUCCCCAGAGAUGCCCACGACCAAGAACAGAGCGGAGACAGCAGCCCAGAGGGCAGAGGUGCUGAAGGAUUUCUCCCGCUCCUCGUCCAGUGCCAGCAGCUUCGCCAGCGUGGUGGAGGAGACGGAGGGUGUGGACGGGGACGACACAGGCCUGGAGAGUGUCUCGUCCUCGGGGACACCCCACAAGCGAGACUCCUUCAUCUACAGCACCUGGCUGGAGGACAGCGUCAGCACUACGAGUGGGGGCAGCUCCCCAGGCCCCUCGAGGUCACCCCACCCAGACGCCGGCAAGUCGGGGGACCGUGCAUGUCCCGAGAUAAAGAUCCAGCUGGAAGCGUCUGAACAGCAUGUGCCCCAGCUGACGAGGCCACAGAAGCACAAGGGGAAGAUGUGGUGUCCAGUCCGGGCAGAUGGGACCUGUGUGCUGCCCCUGCCUCCCCAGCUCUCCUCUUGGCCCCCGUCUGGGCUGUCUCUGCGGGGCGGAGCCGUCCAGACCAGGGAGCAGGGAAGCUGCGGGCGUCAUCCCUCCUCUCCGGCUGGGGGGCCCGGCUGGGGCAGGGAGUGGUCAGUUGAAGCAGGACUCCAGGCCUGGCUCGCUGCCACCCUGGGCCCUCCUCCUCCCUCACCCGUGGGUGCCCCCCUGGACACAGGCGGGGCAAGAUGGGAAGGGGAGAUUGAGAUACUCAAUGCACACAGAGCCUACUAUGGAGGCGGGAGGGUGUGAGGUGUGGUGGAAUGAGCACUGGGCUGGGAGUCCCGAGUCCUGGCUUCUGAUUUGGGUUCUGCUGUGACUCUGGGCAUGUCACUCUCCCUCUCUGGGUGCCUCUGCUAAUGGACAAGAUUAUUUCAGAGGUCACUGAAGACUGUGAUUUCAUGCUCCUGCCCCAGAAUGGGGGAUUGACCUCCCAGGGGCUUCCCAUCCCCCUACCCUGCUUCUAGGGGUCCCUGCGGCCCCAGGUGGGCUGAGGGGCAGGGAGCUGGCUGUUCCCGUUGCCCUCCUGGACCCUCAAGCUCUACCACAGAUCUGCCUAUGCCCUGCCCACUGCCUCCACGUGACAGACGAGUGACCCCCUCUCGGGGGAAGGCGGACCCACCUGGCUCCUUAGCCAGCACCCAGCUUUACCCCUGCCAUCCCACACUCCCGGGCGCCAGGCCGAGGGGUCUCAGCUGGCCUAGAGUUACAGGCCCCACCUUCGUGCCACCCCCCAUGGAGGGGGCAGCCAGGCCCAGCUGCUGUGAGUCCACAUCCUUGUGUGUGUCUGUCCACACUUUUUAGGCUCUAUGCCAGAGGCCAGCCUUCCGGCCCCAACACCUAUUUUGGAAGCCCCCGUGGCUGUGUGUACGUCGGUAACAGUUGUACAAAAUAAAUUCUAUUUAUCGCUAUUGUA